GUUUAUAGACCAUUUAUAUCUUUUUUUUUCUAUUGAAACUUAAUGUUUUACUGGACUUUUCCUAGGAAUCCUCCUUCCAAGUUGUUCUAGUUAUCUUCAGAACUCUUUCCUUUGUCAUAAUGAACUACGGAAAUAUCUCCUCAACUGAUCAAAGUUUUCAGGCUGGUUAUGACACAAUAAACUCAACAAGAUAUUUUUCAAUCCCUGUGACUGAUGAAAAUAAGCUAUUUAACUCCAGUAAUGUCAAUGUGCCGGGACGCUGGGUAUUUCGUGUUGAUGGUGGACCUGAGGAGGGGAUAUUCUACCCAUAUGGAGGUGUAGAGGAUGGGAUAAGCCCCCAGUCGGAUGAUGGAAGUUCUCCACUGAUUCCCCUUCUGCAACCAUUUGUGUACUUUGGACGUGAAUAUGACAAAAUAUUUGUAAAUAAUAAUGGAGACCUGACCUUUGAUAAGCCACUUUAUCAGUGGUAUCCCUAUUAUUUUCCUGCAUACUCAUCUAUAGACAUCAUCGCUCCACUGUGGACAGACAUUUAUAAUUAUGAGAAAGGAACCAUCUCUUACAGACAAGUAACAGAUGCUCGUCUCUUGAAUCGUGCUUCAAGAGAAAUAAACAAAUAUUUUCCCAGCUUGAACUUCUCUGCCUCUUGGGUUUUUAUUGCUACAUGGGAUAAAGUACCAUAUUUUGGAAACAGUAAGGCAGAAUCAACCUUCCAAGUGGUUUUGGUGUCUGGCAAAAACAUGUCAUUUGCACUCAUGCAUUAUGAUUAUAUCACUUUCACCCAAAGUGUUGAGGUUAAGCAAUGUGAAAAAAAAAUGUGUCAAAAAUAUUGUGUUACCCCAGUUUAUGAUCUUUAGCAGUGUUUUUGGAUUUAAUGGGAUUUUUGUGUGUGUGUGUGUGUGUGUGUGUGUGUGUUUUCUUUUUCUCUAACAGUCUGGCUUUGACACGAUUAAUUCUACUAAUUUCUUUUCAAUUCCUGUU